AUGAUAGCACUCCAAGAUGACGAGGAGACUCCUCUUCUCCAACGGCCAGAGCAGCGGAUGGCCCGAACUUCACCUCUGCCAUGGGAUCAAUUCUGGAUCAUAUUGUUCUUGCAGUUUUCAGAUUCGCUUGUUUUCAGACCCUUGCUCCAUUUACCCCUCAAAGACAUCGGCGUGACUAACGGAGACGAAUCCCAGGUUGGACACUAUGUCGGCAUCCUGCAAUCGUCGUAUUAUACGGCUCAAGCACUGACUAUCUUCCAUUGGAGUCAACUAUCUGAUCACAUUGGGCGGAAGCCAGUGAUACUGACCGCUUUAUUCGCCAUAUCGAUUUCGAUGUUCUCGUUCGGACUGUCGAAAAAUUUUGUCCAUCUGGUGAUCAGCCGUGCUUUCUGUGGGGCAUUCAAUGGGAGUAAUGGGGUCAUCAAAAGCAUGGUGAUGGACAUCACUGACACAACCAACUUGCCGAAGGCAUACAGCUAUAUGCCGCUCCCAUAG